UCAAUUCAAAUCUUCUGUCCCUUCUUCUUCAAUAAAAAUCCAACACAAAACCAAAUCUCUUUUUAAAUUUCACUAUAUUAACGCGUAAACUCCGUAUUAUCAUUGCCUUAUAUAAUAAUAAUCAUAAAAGCAAGAAUCGCAUUUGGAAUAUCUCUCUUUGGUUCUAUUUCAAUCCCUCCUCCGAGAGUUUGAGAAGGAAAACGAGAUUUUGGUGAUUGUGUGUAUACAUAUAUACAUAAUAUUAUUUUCCUAAAUUGAUUGAGAAUCGCAUAAAUAGAUAAAUCGGUCUGAACCCGUCAUUUUCUCCUCGGCCUCUCUGCUCCUUUCCCCGGCAUUGGAUCUGGGUCUCCUUCCCUUUCGCUUCAAGAUCUGAGACCAUUUCUCGGGAGGUUGUGGCCCAGUAAAGGGAGAAGAGGCGUCCAUUUAUUGAGCAGUUCACUCGUUUUUGCUAAUAAAAGGAGCAGAGGCACAACCUUGCAAAGCAAGAGAUUCAGCACCCACAAACACACACAUAUUAUAUAUAUAUAUAUAUAUAUAUAUAUAUAUGUGCACGCAUUUCCGUGUAUGUGUAUCUGUUGUGAUCAAAUAUCUUGGUCAAUAUUGCACAUGAACUUGACCCGGAGACUUCCAAGUAGCCAGGCAACGUUUCUUCAGCAUAAAUUCUUCUCUGGGCCUUGAAAAGUCUUCCAGAUUGAGCUCAGAGUGGUUUUGCUCUGAGGAACUGUGGUUGUGCUAAAGUUUGGGACGUGGUUCGGAACUCUGGUUAGAUCGGCAGUAUUAGGCUGAGAACUCUCGAUGAGUAAAGAUUUGGAGGUUGAUCCUGAGACGGGUGGGCUAGAAUCCGAUGAAUGUUCUAGAAAGUCCCCCGAGAAGCUUCUGGGCCGGGUUGGGGAAGAAAAACAAGUGAAGACCGGAGAAGGGAUGGUGGGUGCACCGGUGAAGGCAGCUCGUGAAGCGGAUAAAACGGGGGGAUGCGGGAAAAGUGGAAGGAAGGAGAAAAGGAAGAAGUCGGCGUCAAAGCCUCCAAGACCACCUCGGGGACCAUCACUGGAUGCUGCGGAUCAGAAACUGAUAAAGGAGAUAGCAGAGUUAGCAAUGCUGAAGCGCGCUAGGAUUGAGCGGAUGCGAGCUUUGAAGAAGAUGAAAGCUGCUAAGGCUGCUUCUUCCGCUUCUUCUUCUUCCCUAGGCAACGCCUUCGCCACCCUUUUAACCAUUAUCUUCUGCUUCGUCAUUAUAUUUCAAGGAAUGUCAUCGAAUGCAGCUUCAAAAAGCUUCAGGAAAUCUCCAUUGACGGUCUCUGUGAGGGUCGACGGUGGUUUGGUUUCGGCCAACGGACCAAACGGACUCGUGCUCGGGCAUAGCAGUUUGCCUGACGACGGAGCUUCUCUCUUGCGGUUGAAUCGGAAAAUGUCAUUACAUGUUUCUCCUAAAUGAAUAAUAAAACUACGGGCUUGGUAGAGAGAGUUGCAGUUGUUCAGGUUUGGAUCAAUGCGGUUGAAGCUUAAACCGUUUGGUUAUCGUUGGACAAUCCUGUACCGGACGGUCAAGUCGUUUCCGGUUUAGAUGGACGGUUCACCUCAUGUGUUAUUGUGUUUUGUGGAAGCUUGUUUCUUUUCUUUUUAUUUUGGGAGGGGAAUCUGUUGCCUCCUCGGCAACUAUAUAACGAGAGAAAUAUGGGAUGCGAGUAAGGUUGUUUUUUCUCCUAAUAAGAUGCGAGGGACUAAAUUAAAAAUCCGUUUUUUAUUU